CUACAUCUUCUAAGCAUGCCCUUCCAUUACAUUCUCGUGUUGCAGGAGGUGUCCGGGAUGGGUGCCGACACUGACUCGCCGCUGCCCGCCCUCUGGGACAUGGACAGCGCUGACUACGAGUGCGACUGUCCCGGCCCACCUCCGCCUGUGUUCCACCUGCCACCGCCGCCCCGGCCGCCUUUCCUCCACGAGGUCGCUGACUGCUCUGAGGCCCCACUGCUGGACCUGGAGACUUGCGACGCAAUGCCUGUGAUAGACGCUGAAUACCACAGCAGUCCUGCUAUGCCGCCCCUUGCAGUAAUCGUGAUAUGUUCGCUGCUGCUGCUCGCCAUGCUCCUUGUUGCCACUGCUCUAGUCUGGAAGCACAAGAAGAAGAUGCAGAAUCUGCUGCCUUGUAAGAGUUCUCCUCAGAACCGUUGUGAUGUUGCCCACGGCAACGGCGUCAUCUACGAGGAUCUCACCAACAUCAGGCCUCGAGCCCUGCCCCAGCCUUCCAUGGAGAUGUUGGAUGUAAAGUCAAGAGGGAAUUACCCUAAAAAUUGUGCAUACCCUGUGAUAAGCCAUUCACACUCACCUGUGUUCAUCUGCCCACCACCCAGACCUGACCAGUACAACUCCCAGGACCUGUACAACCCUGUAUAUGAGGAGUUGUCCAAUGGUUCAGGAGAGAGAGGGGAGUCUGAUCCAGAAAGUGAGGGUGGUCCUCAGGCAACUGUGAGUGAGGAUGAGUUCGCAGAGGAUGAACUGAGCCUGGGCGAAGGAGGAGGUCAGCUGGCUCCAGGCCCUGUGUCCGGUACAAGCUCGCUACAGGGGUCUACAGGAAAUGACCUGUGUCGUGACAUCGAUUCUUCCGACGCUGACGACCGAAGUCGCUUCCUCGUCAGUCGAAAUCUGAGUCUACCUCCGGGCCAGAGGAGUCGAGUGCCUAGGCCCCACCGGGGGCAUAGUCAGAGGCCCAGGAGCCUCGACAGGCGGCGGGGUGGUGGGGGAACUUGGAGACAUAAGGGGCCCGAGUGUGGUGAGUUUCACGAAGGACUAUUACUCGAUGCACUGUUGCAACUUUAUCCGAAUGUGGUAGGGGUACAAGGAGGCACGAACCCUGCCCCCCAUGAUCCCCACAGACUGCCUUACAUCCUCCCGGUCCCCGGGCCAGGACAACCCCAUGUCAACCCUUAUGAGAGUGUCCCGGUCCUCAGUCACCUCCAUCAACAUCACCCCAUGUCUACCUUCCGCCCCGUCAAGCCCAUUAGUCACGACUCCGACUCUGGCUACAGCAACAACACCUCUGGAGGACAUGGAAGCACUCGUGGUCGACAGGACCAUCGCCUCUCUGCUCACAGCAGCGAUCUUGUGCUGUCAUAGUAGUGGCCGCACCACCCUCACAGCUCUGCCUUUCCUCCAUAACAAGCUGUAGUGACUGUUACAAGUACUCAAGAUUUACUUCAUUGGAGUAUAUUAUAUCCCAAAUCUUGGUUUAAAAACUAAAAAUGUAUCAAAAACAGUAAUAUCACACAUUGUUUUUAUGUAUAUUAUUUACUACUAUCCCAUAUCAUUUAAAUGUUUAAACAAAACAUUACUGUAGGUCUAAUAUAUACAUUAUAAAUACAAAUAGCAAUUCUAUAAAAGAUUUAUUCAAUUUAUGUAUCACAAAUAUAAAUCUACUAAACUGUGUUAUCAUUUAGUCAGGCUUGUAACAUUAUAUGUGUAUAUUGUAAAAAUAAAUUGUAAGUAUAUUUUUGUAUAGUAGAUGCUUAUACGAAAGUAAACAAUUUUGUUUACGUACUCAAGUUUUACCGCAGUUUAGUAAAUUUAUAUCUUUUAUUCACAAAUGUUUUUAAGCUUUAUACUUUUUAUGUUCAAAAUAACACAGACCACAAUAGAAUUAAUUAUAUUAAGUCUCUGCAAACCAAUUAAUUCAUGCUCUGUGUUGUGUACUUUCAAAUUAACAUAUUACAGAAUUGAAUCUUUAUUGUAGUACAUAACUAUUAUUAACUGAGACUGAUUAUAUUUAACAUUGGUUACAUUUUUUUAUCGUCUGUGACAAGUACCAUAAGUGUUAUCAAUAAAAAUAUGAUUACAGAAUGAUAAUGUUAUUUUGCAGAGUAUUAAACAAACCCCUAUUUUUUUCUAGCAGUUUAUUAAAUUAAAUGCACAAUAAUUUUAAUCAACUUUACAGAUUAAGUGCAAUCCUACACACUAACACAAUACAAUUGUAUUACUUAAUCUGGAAGUAUUAAAGUUUUUUGUGGAUAGGAGUUUAGUAACGUUACAACAUUAGUUACAAUUAUUUAGAAGAAUACAUUUUUAUGUGAAUAGUCAGAUAUAAAGUUAAGAAAGGCAGAGCUGUGAAAAUUAUGUGCGAUAUUGUAUAUAGGGCAAGUGCAAGGGACAUGUAUAUAGUCAUGUAGAUCCAUCAGGGUCUAGAACUCUAGAACGCAAUAGUUUAGUAAUUUUUCUCUCUACUCUCUCUUUCUCUCUCUUAUAUCACCUUAUACAUAAGCAAGAGUUUUCCUGAAACAGACCUUUGUAAAAGUUAUAGUUUUAAAGAGUUUUAGUAGUAAUAUGUAUCAGGAUCAGAUCAUGUAUACAAAAUUUAGGAAUUGAAAUACAAUAAUAAUUUUUGGGUGAGAUUGAAUACAAUAGAUCAUUGCUGGUAUUUCUAUUUAUAUUUAGUAUAGGGCUAUUAAUUUAUUAUUUUUUACAUGAAUGCAUGAAAAAGCCUUGUUGCAAAAAUGUAAUUUUAGGAAAAAUGGCUGUUUUAUUUUUACAUACGAAGAAAAUUUAUUAAACCUAUUAACAAUUUUAAAAUCAUUUAAAUACAAAAAACCUACUGAGCAUCCUGAAAAUAGUUGAAUUCACUGUUGUCUCAGAUGCUCAUAAUUAAUAAAUAAUAAAAUUAUCAGUGUAUUGUAUAUUUUAACUUUCAAAUUCAACUGUAUUACUUUGUGAAAUCUUAUUAUUAAACAGCAGUUUAUAAUAAUCUUAGCAGUGCUAGCUGUUAAAUCAAUUAAAAUACUAUUACUAUACUGUAAUAAUUCCAAAUGUUUUUAAAAAUCAAGAGUUACUGUUGAUCAUAUGUAACGCAAAGUUAUUUUAUCUGGUUACAAUAUAAUUCAGCCUAUAUCUAAUACUGAGAUACAACUAUCUAGCCUAACUUUGAAAAUCUAUCUAUACAUUAUAAAUGUAAAGCUGGUUCUUAUGCAACUAGUUAAUGUUGUUAUCCAUAAUAGUGUUUUAUCAGAAUCCCAUAACUAAUUAAAAUGCAGCAUUUUAGUUUUACAGUUUAGUCCGGAUUAUGAGAAUCUUCAGUAAAGAAAUUAUACUAUGAAUUUCAAUUUAGGGACUUUUCCAAGAAAAUGUAUUUAUAUAACCAAAGAGUUAAAAAAAAGAAAUUAAGUAAGAAAUUUAUUUAUAUUUAAGCAAGAAUAAUAAGUUACAAAUAUACAAGUAUUCUUGUCCAGUUAUAUGCAUUGUUUUCAACUUUGUUCUUAGCAGUAUAAUUAGAUAUUAAAAAAAAACUACAAUUUAUUUAAUUUUAAUUUGCACACUGUAUUUAGAGCUUCAAUUUGUGAAAAACAUUACUUUUGUAUCACUGUACUGUAAUAAAUAAUUUAUUUACUGUUAUAUUUUAAAUUUAGUUGGGUCACUCUUGAGAACUGGUAUACAGAAGUUGGUGCUCAUAGUUAAGCCACAUAGAUGCACUACCCUAACUGUCACACUCGUCUCAAUUACUUAGCGUAAGCGGUUUGUAUAAACGCAUAGACUGUAAAUAUUGCUCUCUAUCUGUAAAUAUAUGAAUAUUGCAAAGAUUUUGUGCUAGUCGUUUUGUUGUCAGUGUAUAUUUUCAUGGAAGUUUUUAUGAUUUAUGGAAAUGUGUUUUUCUAGGUAAAUUAUUCCAACACCAUAAUCAAUAAAAAAAAUUUCUUAUUGAA